UUUUCAUUCGUUCGCUCAUCUAUGAGUAUCCUAAUAAUUUCUCUAUGCCGUGACCUCCUAGACUUUCCACCCAGACAUGCACUCCCAUCGAGGGGGAAACGGUUUCCUCACUCAGAGUCCCUUGAACCACGCAAAGAACAGCCAUUAUGACACCGUGUUGCAGUACCUACAGGAUCACCCAAGUCUACCAUCAACCCUAGCCAUCGCGAUACUUGUUUUCUUUGCCCUUACUCAAUCUGGAUCCUUUCCGGCUACGGUGGCUCGAAUAUUGUGGGACGUCAUGCUCUACUUGACCCCGUCCAGACUAGUCGCCGCCCUAGAUUCAACAACAGGCCCAGCUUCGGUUGACAAAAGUACCGGUCGGAUGAGCUUGGAAGCCAAAGGCAAAGCGAUAAAACGGAUCCUCGGCCUUGAUAAAUCCUCAUUGUCCUCCCUCAUUCCUCGAGCUCCUACCUUUCCGGGAUUCGGCAACAAGGACAGUCUUCCUCCGGGGUUAGGAAACUGGGAUAACUCGUGCUACCAGAACAGUAUUAUCCAAGGGUUCGCAUCCCUUAAGUCGCUGGCGGUGUUUCUGGGGCGGAACAUCGACUUGUUCGGGGCGAAGGGAACAUUCUCGACUCAUGAAGCGCUCAAGGGGAUUAUAGAACGGUUGAACAGCGCAGACAGCUACGGACAACGACUGUGGACUCCGCCGGAUCUGAAGUCGAUGAGCAGUUGGCAGCAGCAAGAUGCACAGGAAUAUUUUUCAAAGGUCAUUGAUCAGAUAGAUUUCGAAAUACAGCAGGCUACACGAAAGCAGACGCGGAACCUGGGCUUGAAGGUGGCGAGCCCGCAGGAGAAUGUUAUUGGGGCCGGGUCAUCGCAGGGGACAGGUUCUGACACUUCUGUUGGGGCUCGGAUCGCUGAAAUACGCUCGUUCGGAAACCCAUUAGAAGGUCUUCUUGCUCAGCGAGUCGGCUGCAUGCAGUGUGGAUGGACGGAGGGCCUGUCUCUUAUUCCAUUCAAUUGUUUGACCGUGCCGCUUGGGGCGGGCUAUGAGCAUGAUGUUCGUGAUUGUUUGCAAGACUAUAUGGAGCUGGAGCCCAUCGAGGGGGUGGAGUGCGCGAAAUGCACCUUGUUACGCGUCCGAGAACAACUUCAGAGCCUAUUGAAACAAAUUGAGGAGGAUAGGUCGCUUUCGAAUAUACCCGACUCACCCAGUGUGUCCGAUGCACUCAAGAAAUCGGCGCAGGAGCGAUUAAUCGCUGUUGAGGAAGCUGUCGAGGAAGAGGAUUUUACGGAGAAGACCCUAUCAAAGAAGUGCCAUAUCCCUUUAAAGAACCGCGUUUCGUCCACGAAAUCGAGACAAGCUGUUAUCGCCAGGCCACCGAGGUGUCUUGUUGUUCACAUCAAUCGAAGCUUAUUCGAUGAAAUGACGGGGUUGCUUCGAAAGAAUUACGCCGCCCUAAAAUUUCCCAAGGUUCUUGAUUUGAGUAAGUGGUGCCUAGGAGCAGCAUCUACAGACCAGGCAGGUCAAAGCAGCGAGUCGUGGGAUAUGGAUCCCAGAGAGUCGAUGCUCACGCAGGCCGCCAAGGUCGCAGACUCCCAGGGACAACUCUACGAAUUACGCGCAGUCAUUACGCACUACGGCCGUCAUGAGAACGGUCACUACAUCUGUUAUAGAAAGUACUGUUCCGAUACAUUCCCCGCCGAUGUCCCAGAGUCAGUCAUAGAGGCAGAUGGCGAGCAGCAGACGACUGAGCGCUGGUUCCGGCUGAGUGACGAGGAUGUGCAGAUGGUCAGCGAAUCCAACGUCCUGGCGCAGGGAGGAGCUUUCAUGCUCUUUUAUGAAUCAAUGGACCCAUCUUCUGUGCACGCUCGGGCUGAAGAGCCGGAUCUUACAGAAGGUGAGAGCUCCGCGUCUACCUCCAGCGCCAUCACCCCGGAGGAUAUGUCGAUGACAUCUGCGACCACUGUAGACUCUAGAACAUCCCGAGCCACAAGCGUGUCCGCGCCUGAGAAGACUAAGCUUCCAGUCGCAAAUGCAUCGCCUGUGUCGGAUGUUGAUUGAAGUCAAUACCUUUACCUUGUUAUAUUUGGCUUAGUUCCGUGCGAUUGGCGGAACAUCGGCAAACCGUGUAUAUCACACUAUUACUAUGAUACCCCUAAG